UUUUUUCGGGCAUAAAUAUAAUGGUGAAACAAGCAAGUUGCCUCAGUAGAAGAAUCAAGCUGUAACCAACAAAAUGUCCAAAUAUUUGAUCUACCUGUGCUUUUUGCUCCUGUGGAGUCAACAGUCAAGUGCCGAUCAUUACGAUGAGUGUGACGGGGCAGAAGACGAGACAUUUGUCCAAAGCUGGGAUAGCUGUCAGUCCUAUGUGUACUGCCAGGGUGAGGAUUCAUCGAAGGGCGACUGUGAUGAAGGUGAAUACUUUGACGCCGAGACUGGGGGCUGCGAUGUGGCUGCCAAUGUGCAGUGCUUUCUGGACGAAGUCGAUGAACCAACCGAACCUGAGCCCGAGCCCGAGCCCGAAGAAGAGGAGGAGGAAGUGACUCCAGUCACCCUACAGCCAACGGAACCUUCGACAGUGGCACCUACGGAAGUGGAUUUCCUUAAUAUUGCACCGGUUGUAAAGCCAAAUUGUCCGAUCAGCGAUGAUCCCAGCCAGGUUAUAAUGAUGGCUAGCAACGAAUCAUGCACCAACUAUUAUCUAUGCUAUCACGGACAUGCCAUGGAAAUGCACUGUACGAAUCAGUUGUACUUCAAUGCCUUAACCGGACAGUGCGACCACCGGGAGAACGUUCAGUGUGCGCUGGAAGAUCCGCGGGAUCAUAAGUGCCUGCCCCACAUGACCGAGUUCUUUCCGCAUCCGGAUAAAUGUAAUUAUUUUUACUAUUGCAUUAAGGGAUUUUUGACCCUGCAACAGUGCCCCUUCUACUACGGAUGGGAUAUCGAGAAAAGGAGUUGUGUGCAGAUAAAUAUUGCGAAAUGUUACGGUAACUCCCGACGAACUUAGGGCCGGAAACUCCCAAACUCAUUUUGUGGGUGUUGUCUACAUUUAGCUGAUA